UUAUGAGUUGAGGUUUUUUUUAUUUGUCGCUUUACUUUGGAGCUCAAACUUUGGCUCUUCCGUUCUCAGUCUUACUCCCUAAACUUCUAAACGGCUAAAUCCCCCCCUUCUCUCUUUCUCUGAAAUCCAGAAACCCUAAAACUCCCCUCGGCUUCCACAAUGAGCUACGCGGCCUACAAGAUGAUGCACUGGCCCACCGGUAUCGAGAACUGCGCCUCCGGCUUCGUGACUAACUGCCGUGCCGAUUUUACGCCCCAAAUUCCUCUCAACCACACCGAAGAUCUUGAAUCCGACUGGUCCUCUAGGCGCGGCAUUGGUCCCGUUCCUAACCUUAUCGUCACUGCUGCUAAUGUUCUCGAACUCUAUGUAGUCAGGGUUCAAGAAGAGGGCACCAGAGAAGCCAGAAAUUCCACGGAAGUCAAGCGCGGUGGCAUUAUGGAUGGGGUCUCUGCCGUUUCACUCGAGCUCGUUUGCAGUUAUAGAUUGCAUGGUAAUGUUGAAUCUAUGGCGGUUCUAUCAAUAGGAGGUGGUGAUGUCUCUAGGAGAAGAGAUUCAAUUAUCUUAACAUUUCAAGAUGCCAAAAUUGCGGUCCUGGAGUUUGAUGAUUCAACCCAUAGUCUUCAAACAAGCUCAAUGCACUGUUUUGAGGGCCCAGAGUGGCUUCAUUUGAAAAGGGGGAGAGAAUCAUUUGCAAGAGGCCCUUUGGUAAAGGCUGAUCCUCAAGGCAGAUGUAGCGGUGUUCUUGUUUAUGGUUUGCAAAUGAUAAUACUUAAAGCUGCUCAGGCUGGUUCUGGAUUUGUUGGUGAGGAUGAUGCUUUUGGAUCUGGAGCCACAGUUUCUGCUCGUGUUGAAUCAUCUUACAUUAUUAAUUUGCGAGAUUUGGAUAUGAAGCACAUAAAAGACUUCAUAUUUGUGCAUGGUUAUAUUGAGCCGGUCAUGGUUAUACUUCAUGAGAGGGAACUUACUUGGGCUGGAAGAGUCUCUUGGAAGCACCAUACUUGUAUGAUUUCUGCUCUUAGUAUCAGCACAACAUUGAAGCAGCAUCCCCUCAUAUGGUCAGCAGCUAAUCUUCCUCAUGAUGCUUAUAAGCUACUUGCUGUUCCAUCACCAAUUGGAGGCGUUCUUGUGAUUAGUGCAAAUAUGAUUCAUUAUCAUAGUCAGUCAGCAACAUGCGCACUUGCUUUGAACAAUUAUGCUGCUUCUGUUGAUAACAGUCAAGAACUUCCAAGAUCAAGUUUCAACGUAGAACUUGAUGCUGCUAAUGCAACUUGGUUACUUAAUGAUGUAGCUUUGCUUUCAGCAAAGACUGGAGAACUACUACUGCUGACCCUUGUUUAUGAUGGGAGGGUUGUGCAGAGACUUGACCUCUCCAAGUCUAAGGCUUCAGUACUUACUUCGGACAUUACAACUAUUGGGAAUUCAUUGGUCUUUUUGGGUAGUCGAUUAGGAGAUAGUUUACUUGUGCAAUUCAGCAGUGGAUCGGGAGCAUCAACCUUGCCAUCUGGCUUGAAGGAAGAGGUUGGAGAUAUUGAAGGUGACGUCCCUCUGGCCAAGCGCUUGCGAAGGUCAUCCUCUGAUGCUUUGCAAGAUGCAGUUGGCAGUGAAGAGCUUUCCUUGUAUGGUUCAACCCCAAAUAACAGUGAAUCAGCACAGAAAGCUUUCUUGUUUGCAGUGAGGGACUCGUUAAUAAAUGUUGGCCCUUUGAAGGACUUCUCAUAUGGCCUGAGGAUUAAUGCUGAUGCAAAUGCAACGGGAAUAGCCAAACAAAGUAACUAUGAACUGGUGUGCUGUUCUGGCCAUGGAAAGAAUGGUGCCCUCUGCGUUCUUCGGCAGUCGAUUCGUCCUGAAAUGAUUACUGAGGUUGAACUAACUGGUUGUAAAGGAAUUUGGACUGUUUACCACAAGAGCACACGCGGUCACAAUGCUGAUUCUUCUAAACUGGCUGACGAUGAUGAUGAAUAUCAUGCGUAUUUGAUUAUAAGUCUGGAGGCACGAACUAUGGUUCUUGAAACUGCUGAUCUUUUGACUGAAGUGACUGAAAGUGUAGACUAUUACGUUCAAGGUAGAACAAUUGCUGCAGGAAAUUUGUUUGGAAGGCGUCGUGUUAUCCAGGUUUUUGAACGUGGUGCUCGAAUUCUGGAUGGUUCUUUUAUGACUCAAGAACUGAGUAUUCCAUUGCCAAACUCUGAAACUAGCUCUGGUUCUGAUAAUUCUACGGUUAUGUCUGUUUCUAUUGCGGAUCCGUAUGUGUUGCUAAGAAUGACUGAUGGAAGCAUUUUGCUCCUUGUUGGAGAUCCUGCUACGUGCACUGUUUCUAUAAACAGUCCAGCUGCCUUUGAAGGCUCAAAGAAAAGGGUAUCUGCUUGUUCAUUGUAUCAUGAUAAAGGUCCAGAGCCAUGGCUCCGCAAAGCAAGUAGUGAUGCGUGGCUUUCCACUGGCAUUGGGGAGUCCAUUGACAGUGCUGAUGGAGGGCCACAUGAUCAAGGGGAUAUAUAUUGUGUCAUUUGCUAUGAGAAUGGUGCUCUUGAAAUAUUUGAUGUGCCUAAUUUCAAUUGUGUUUUCUCUGUUGAAAAAUUCGCAUCUGGAAGAGCCCACCUUGUUGAUGCCUAUUCACAGGAGUCUUCUGAAGGUUCUGAGAAACCUAUUAACAAAAGUUCUGAAGAAUUGGCUGGACAAAGCAGGAAGGAAAAUGUACACAACUUGAAGGUUGUUGAGUUGGCCAUGCAGAGGUGGUCUGGAAAUCACAGUCGCCCAUUUAUUUUUGGUAUAUUAACAGAUGGAACAAUUCUUUGUUAUCAUGCUUACCUGUUUGAAGGUCCAGAUAAUGCUUCGAAAGUUGAAGGUUCAGCUUCUGCACAAAAUUCUGUUGGCUUGAGCAAUGUCAAUGCUUCUAGGCUUAGGAAUUUGAGAUUUAUUCGUGUUUCCUUGGAUGCAUACACAAGGGAGGAGACAUCAAAUGGAACAUUAUCCCAAAGGAUUACAAUUUUUAAGAACAUUAGUGGUUAUCAAGGGUUUUUCCUCUCUGGGUUAAGACCAGCUUGGUUUAUGGUGUUUAGGCAACGCCUUCGCAUUCAUCCACAGAUAUGUGAUGGAUCUAUUGUAGCUUUCACUGUUCUUCAUAAUGUAAACUGUAAUCAUGGGUUCAUAUAUGUUACAUCACAGGGUAUUCUGAAGAUCUGCCAAAUGCCAUCUACAUCGAACUAUGACAACUAUUGGCCUGUGCAAAAGAUUCCACUGAGGGGCACUCCACAUCAAGUUACUUACUUUGCUGAGAGGAAUCUGUACCCACUUAUAGUUUCAGUUCCUGUUCAUAAGCCAGUUAAUCAAGUGCUAUCAUCAUUGGUUGAUCAAGAAGCUGGCCAUCAGAUGGACAAUCUUAAUUUAAGUUCUGAUGAAUUGCACCGAACUUAUACUGUGGAGGAGUUUGAGGUUCGGAUUUUGGAACCUGAAAAAUCUGGUGGUCCUUGGGAAACUAAGGCAACUAUUCCAAUGCAGAGUUCUGAAAAUGCUUUAACUGUGAGAGUGGUCACUUUGUUUAAUACCACCACAAAAGAGAAUGAAACCCUUUUGGCUAUUGGGACUGCUUACGUUCAAGGAGAGGAUGUUGCAGCACGAGGACGCGUGCUUUUGUUUUCUAUUGGAAGGAGCACUGAUAAUAAUCAGAAUCUGGUUUCAGAGGUCUAUUCAAAGGAACUAAAAGGUGCUAUAUCUGCUUUAGCCUCCCUUCAAGGUCAUCUGUUGAUAGCUUCUGGUCCUAAAAUUAUUCUACAUAUUUGGACUGGUAGUGAGUUGAAUGGCAUUGCAUUUUAUGAUGCUCCACCAUUAUAUGUUGUGAGCUUAAAUAUUGUCAAGAAUUUCAUUCUACUUGGUGAUGUUCACAAGAGCAUAUAUUUCCUUAGUUGGAAGGAACAGGGUGCUCAACUUAGCUUAUUGGCCAAGGAUUUUGGCUCCCUUGAUUGUUUUGCAACAGAAUUUUUGAUUGAUGGAAGUACCUUAAGUCUUAUGGUUUCUGAUGAUCAAAAGAAUAUUCAGGUAUUUUAUUAUGCACCAAAGAUGUCUGAAAGUUGGAGGGGACAGAAGCUUCUUUCAAGGGCUGAAUUCCAUGUUGGUGCCCGUGUAACUAAGUUCUUGCGGCUCCAGAUGCUUUCUACUUCUGGUCGAACUAGUGCCACUGCUGGCCCUGAUAAAACCAAUCGAUUUGCUUUGUUAUUUGGUACUCUGGAUGGCAGCAUUGGCUGUAUAGCUCCUCUUGAUGAACUUACAUUUCGUAGGUUGCAGUCUCUACAGAAAAAGCUUGUUGAUGCUGUUCCACAUGUAGCUGGUUUAAACCCAAGAUCUUUUCGCCAUUUUCGUUCAAAUGGAAAGGCUCAUAGGCCUGGUCCUGACAGCAUAGUUGAUUGUGAACUGCUUUGCCAUUAUGAAAUGCUUCCAUUGGAGGAACAACUUGAAAUUGCUCAUCAGAUUGGAACGACCCGUUCCCAAAUUUUGUCUAAUUUAAAUGAUCUUACUUUGGGAACAAGCUUCUUGUAAAGCAGCAGAUAUCAAGGCAGGUAGGUUAUGGAAAAUAUUUAACAACUUGUACGGAACAAUUCAUGAGGAGCGAUGCCUGUUGUAGGAUGAAUGACAGCAUUUAAAAGCUUAUUCAGAUCAGGUUUGGUGUCUUUAGUUCAUAUGAUAUUGAGAAAGGAAAACAAAUGUUGUAUAGUGGAUUGUUUUUUAUCUGUAUGGUGUAGAAUCUUGUAUCUUGGGGCUAGUAAACAGGACUAUAAUAGCAGCGCAGUAAAUUUUGAAGAAGAGAACAGUUAGCAUAGUCUCCAAUUUCUGUAAUCUUUUGUUAGAAGCCACUACUGAGGCUGUAAACUGCUGAUUGCUUUUGAACUUGUGUAGCUGAUUAAAUAAAUGUUUGCACCUGUUUUCUUUUAA